AAAUGAUUUGUUGUUACACGACAUUCGGUGGUAUAAGCAAAGCAUUUGCUAAAGAAGUACUGCUGUUUUGCGUCUUUUCUGCAUUCAUAUCACCAUAGGGGUACCCUCUUCAACAAUGGAAGCGCUAACGCACUCGAGUUCUGAGAGUGCCUCCAUGCAAGUCUCUGAGAUGAACUUUGGUUUGAACAUGCUUCGGCAAACUCCUGUAACCGAAUCAAUGGUGGUAUCUCCAGUUUCGGUUAUCUUCGCACUUGCCAUGGUUCAACUAGGUGCUAGAAAUCGUACAAAAUUGCAGAUCAACAAGGUGAUCGCAAACGACGCUGCCGAUAGGUCCAUAGUAAGCUUCUAUUCGGAUCUUUCCAAGAACAUUACCAACUCACCUGGAACACAGGCAAGAAUCGCUAAUGGAUUCUUUUUGAACAAGACAUUUUCGAUAAAAAAGAGCUAUGCGAGAAUGAUUGCCGAGAAGUAUGGCGCUGUAAUCGAAGCGUACGACUUUAGACAGGCAGCAAAUACUGCUAAGAUUAUCGACAGCUUCGUAAGUCAAAAAACUGAUGGAAAAAUCGAAAACUUCAUAAAAAGUGAUGCAGUAGAAGGUGCAGAUGCUCUUAUAGUAAAUGCAAUUUACUUCAAAGCUAAUUGGUAUCACGAGUUUAACAAGAAAUCCACAAAAGAGGCUUUAUUUCAUCAUUCUGCAGAUAAUAAAGGAAAGGUAAGCUAUAUGAGUGAGUACAGAAAAAAUCGCAUGUAUGCUGAGAAUGAAGUCGUUCAAGUCCUAUCGCUACCCUAUAAAGACACAUCCUACUCUUUCAAUAUAUUUCUGCCUAAGGAAAGAUUCGGCAUUGAUGAGCUUCGUACAAAGUUGGAUGGAGCUACGAUUCAAAAUCUGCUCUCACGGCUGAAGUCAACGCUUUUAGACAUAUCAAUUCCCAAAAUGAAACUUGAAAAGGAUUAUGAGUUGAAACAGGCUUUGUUGGCUAUGGGUGUUUCCGACCUCUUCGACAGAGAUUUGGCCGAUUUGUCAGGGAUUUCAGAAAACGAUCUGUAUGUAUCCGACGCAAAGCAUAGAGCUUUUAUUGAGGUUGACGAGGAAGGUACAACUGCAGCCGCAGCAACUUACAUCGGAAUGAAGCGACUGAGAAUGAGGCAGAUCCGCAGAGAACCCAAAAAAUUCAUCGCAGACCACCCAUUCAUCUUCAUUCUCACCAAGGAUAAAAACUCUCUCUUCAUUGGGCAAUUUGUAUGAUUAUCCUAUGUGCACCUAUACUCACUUUAGCUGAAUAAAUGUAAAGCAUCA